AUCAGUUACAGAGUGACAGUCAUAGCGAAAGAGUUCGCUUCUCCAGUCUCUGGAAAACGCAUUACGUCCGAGAUAGCCGGCGCCUUGUGGGAAUGGCCCCCUGCAGUAUGUGGAAGUCACGUAACGGAGGAUUCGUUAGAUCGGGCCAAGGUUUGGUGCAUGGACAGCUACACUAAGUUCGUAGAGAUGGCCAUGAGCGCAGAAGAAACAGGAGUGUUUAUGAAACAGUCUGUGUUCUACUUCAAGGACAAAGUCGAAGAUAUCCCCGCUCAUUUGGAGAAAAUGAAUGAGAUAAGUCAUCUCCCGGGUUUUCAACAUGAAAAGAACCUCAUUGAAGAGACUGCCGUGAACCCGGCGUUUGGUGUUGUGGACGCGUACCAACACAUGGCACCUAUGAUUGACACUGCUGUCUUCAUGCAGUGGCUUUACCAGCAGUGUCACCAGCGCGGCUGUCGCUUUGUACAAGAUGACAUCCACGGACUAUUAAGAGACCAGGCAGAAGAGUUGAAGAUUAAAUACAAAUCCCAGUUGAUCGUCAAUUGCUCUGGCCUCAGUGCUAGAGAACUGGCAGGGGAUGAAAACGUUUACCCGUCAAGAGGGGCGAUACUGAAAGUUCGGAACGAUGGCAGUUUGAUGCCUAAGUUGACACACUCCAUGUGUAUCUCAUCCAUGACCGACAAACUUCAACAGGGAGAUGUAGACUUUGUAUAUAUUUUACCGAGAAAUGACGACACACUAUGGUUAGGCGGUUUGGGACAACCCAACCAAUGGGACAGAAAUCUCACGCUCGAUUAUGCACCAAUCAGAACAAUGUUUGACAACAUCAAGGAGUUUUAUCCACCGCUGCGUAACUAUGGAGACGAUGACGUGGAAGAAGUACUAGUGGGACUGCGGCCAGCUCGUAGAGGUGACAUCUGCUUGGAGUGGGACCCUGUGUGUUCCUCUGUUCUACACAAUUAUGGACAUGGCGGUUCAGGGGUUACGUUAUCGUGGGGUUGCGCCAGCGAAGUUUGCGCGUUAAUAGACCACGCCCUAAAAAGACGAAGACUAAUUUAUGUCUCAAGUUUAUGAACUUUGAGCAGAAAAUUCUGUUGAAAGAUAACUUGAUGGUGAAAUGUCUUCAUUACUGAUUUUCUAUUCAUUGCUGUAGCUAGACGAAAAUUAUUACGGAGGCAAUAUAAAACCUCGAAAACGUUUUACCUGUUGUAUAUAUUGAUUUAUUUAUUUGACGCUGAACUUUUAUACAAACCUGAAAUAACGAUAUUCAAAAUCGGUUUUUACUAUGGUCAGUUACUAUUUCAGCUGGACCCUUGAAGGUAACUGAAUGGCCUGUAAUAUCAUGGACAGCAGUUUGCUUUUAAAGCGUUUGGAAUUAAUUAGCAUAUUUAAUUUAGAUAGAGAGAUUUUAAAAGUAGUUUUGGAAUUACUUUGACAACAUCAACUCAGGUAGCCGCUGUUUUAUAAAGUAUAAUAUAUAUUUAUUUCAUUUUUCGAACUGCACUGCGGGCAACUGCUUAGUGAUCUUUAAACCAGCCAAGUUGUUUUCUUAAUGCGAGAGUACGUUUUACAUUUUUAAAGUUAUACACAAUGUUGAUAAUUACCUUUUUAAAGUUUUCAACAUACCCAAAUGCUUUAACAUGUAAUCCGUGUGUUGUAGUUUUUAUUUCUUAUAUUUAUGUACCAUAAAUGUACCAUAACGCGUGUACAUUUUGUAUAUAUUAUAAUGACCAGUCUACUUUAUAACUUUUUAUCAAUGCAAAGUGCAAUUUUCCAAAAUCAAACAAAGUACCAUCAAGUUUACAGGUAAAAAAAUAAAAGAGUAAUUCGUUUCACA